AUGAAGGGGCUGCUUUCGAAGGAGUGGAAAGGGUGUGUUCAGGCCAGGAAUGUGCAGCCCUGUUCCUUUCCCCAAAUCAGCCAUGGAUCUCAGCGCCCCCAGGUCUCCAACUGUUUCCAGUUCCCAUCCUUCCUCCGCACAGUGCCCAGCAGCACCCACCAGCCCUGGGUCCUGGCCAAGCUCUUGAGUUACUUUAACAGGACCUCGGUAGGCCUGGUCAGUUCUGACAAUAGCAACUUUGAGUGGCUGGAGCAGCAGCUGCAGAAGCAGAUUGGGGACGAGGGUGGCUGCGGGGCCUUCUCAGAGAUCAACAGUGUAGAUGACAGCAUCAACAGCAUGGCAAACAUCAUCACCCAAACGCCUCCUGCCAAGGUCAUCAUCUAUGACUGCUACCGUUUUCACUUCAGACUCCUGGUGGGAGCCCUUCAGGGAAACAAUGUGACUGGAAGGACGUGGAUCUUUUCCACCUCCUUCGCAUUUAACCCCUCGGUGCUGGGUCCCAAAGCCCAUGAGUUGCUGAACGGCAGCUUGAGCCUGACCAUACACUUAGGAAUAAUACCUAUCUUUAGGGAUUUCCUGUUGGUGCUGUGCCCAGCCCCUGCCAGAGAAGGGGCUUGGCAUCGCACAGGGCUGGAGAACAUGACCACUGCCCACCUAUCUGCCUUCAAACUUCCGGAUCUAACUGCCAUUUACCAAGCCCACCUGGCAGCCAAAGCCCUGUGGGUCGCCUAUCCGAACUUGAUGUCCUGCUGUCCGAGAGAGGGACCGUUCCUGGGAGGCACGUAUGUCAAUGCGUGGGAAGCCAGGCCUUCUCAGGUUAACUUCGCCACCAAAGCCCAAGAAGAGGUUUUCUUCACCAAAGAUGGGGAAGUGCUGGCAACGUUUGACAUUAAAAACAUCUAUGUUCUCCCAGACCUGUCAGGAAGGACAGCCAUUGUUGGACACUUUGACUUCAGAGCACCUUCUGGAAAAAAUGUUCUGUUAGAUGACAGCGCAAUCUCAGGCAUAUGGUUUUUUAUACCCAUGACUAUCACACCUCAAUGUCCAAAUCAUCCCACCCUGAGAGGAGGGAACAAAGUUGCUGAUGAACAAGGCAGCAGAAUAGAGUUCCAGGGAAGAAAUGAGCAUCAUCGCCCCGCAGGCAAGGGGCUGACCCCGCCUGUUGAGAUCUUCACUCAGUACUGUUUCAGGUAUCUCACAGCCCAGGUCCCUUCCUCAGUCUGCAGCAAAAAAUGUCCUGAGGAAACCAAGAAGUCAACCUAUUUGAGAAGUCAAAAUGCUGCUACAAAAUCCUUCCCUGCCCCAGAGGAGAAAUCGCAACGUCACCAGAUAGUGUUGCAUGUCAUUAGUGUUGCGUGUCAGAAGUGCUCUGACAACCAGUGGCCCAAUGUGCAGAAGAGAAAGUGCAUCCCCAAAACCCUUGACUUCUUUUUCUAUCACAAGCCCCUUGACACGGCGUUGGCUGUCUGCACAGCCCUGCUCUUCCUCCUUGCCCUGGCCAUCUUAGGCAUCUUCAUCUGACACCACCACACUCCCACCAUCCGAGCCAACAACUGCCAGCUCAGCUACCUCCUGCUGUCCUCCUUGGCCCUCAGCUUCCUCUGCCCCUUCGAGUUCAUUGGCCACCCAGACCCCAUCACCUGUGCUGUGCACCAGGCAGCCUUUGGGGUCACCUUCACGGUCUGCAUGUCCACUGUGCUGGCCAAGACCAUUGUGGUGGUGGCAGCCUUCCAUGCCACCCAGCCAGACACCCAGCUUAGGAGGCAUGCCCAUAGCAAAGACACCACGGCCGUGGAGGUCUUUUUCAUCUUGGCAUCAGGAGGAGGACUCAUGUCCUCCCUCUUCCUUCCCAAAUGCUACAUCAUCCUUCUCCAUCCUGAAAAGAACAAAAAAGACUAA